CAGGCUCGAAUCUUUAACCGAAUAGAACUCUUCUCGCCCUCGAGACUCUCUUCCUUAUCGUUAUGGCUUCCGUCGCUUUGCCGGCGUUCACCUGCCGGAGCUCAGUAGAACCGACGAAGGAGCUUCGCGUCUGCACGAACCGCACCUGCCGAAAACAAGGCUCAUUCCAGAUCCUCGAGACGCUAACAUCCCUCGCGCCUCCCCAGCUCCAAGUCAAUCCCUGCGGCUGCCUCGGCCGGUGCGGCUCGGGUCCGAACCUCGUCGCUCUCCCUCAAGGCCUCUUCCUUCGUCACUGCGCCACGCCUUCUCGAGCUGCCGAAAUCUUGUUCAGCCUAUGCGGCGACGGCAGGGAAGCUUCUUCAUCCUCCGCCGUCGCAGAGGCUCUCUCCGCUUUAGCGCUCACCAACAAUGCUCUCUCUCAGAUCGAAGCUGGGAACUUCGGAGAAGCAGAAUCGCUUCUCACACAGGCUUUAGAGAUGAAACCAUACGGUGGAUUGCAUAGAAUCUUCAAACACAGAGCAGUGGCGAAACUGGGAAUGGUUGAUUACUCUGGGGCUCUUGAAGAUAUAAGCCAAGCUCUAGCAUUAGCUCCUAACUAUUAUGAGUCCUACGUUUGCCAAGGUGAUGUUUACGUUGCACAAGGUCAAUACGAUCUCGCUGAGAAGUCAUACUUGAAGUGUUUAGAGAUAGAUCCUAGUCUUCGCAGAUCAAAAUCAUUCAAGGCCCGGAUUGCAAACCUUCAAAAGAAAGCUGUUGAAGCAGAUGUGAGUUAGAAGUAUCCUGACAUUUGGAGUUGUUUUGAAUGCAUAUAGCUCGCUACAUAUCUGUCACUUUAAGGGUAAUUCUUUUCUCUGUCAAAACCGUUGCAAUAAUGUCUCUUUCUUUGGGUAGAGGGGUUUUCAAGAGUUCCAAAUUACGUUGUUUAUAGGUGUCAUUAGUAUAUCAAGUGGUAAUGAGAUUACGCUAUCU